GUUCUGCACUACAUGGCGAUGCAGAAACCUGCAGACCUGGCCCGUCACCUCCUGCCCUGUAUACUUCAUGCAACUAUUCAGAAGUUAAAGGAAGAAGAGUCUGCUGAAGAUAUUCCAUCAGUGCAAAAAACCAUUCAGCAAGCUACAGUUCAAGCGAGCAAGCUCCUGCAGUCCCCCAACCAGGACUACAAGAAGUUAGAGGAUUUCAUUAACCAGCUGCUGAGCAUGGAGACAGUCAUCACUCAAGCUCGCUCGCUCAAGGCCAAGUUCUCCAUUCCUGAGGACGACAGCGGAGAGGCUGCUGAUGAACUGAAGAAGUUUGUGAGCUCCCUGCUGGAGGAACCAGAGGUGGUAGUGACAGGAGCAGGCCAGGGCCUGGCUGGCAGUAUAAUCCACAGACUCUUCAUCAGUGCUCAGAGGCUGGCUGACUUCACCACUGAUGAGGCUGCCCUUCUGGCGCCCGUCGAUGAGGACUUGGGAUCUGACAAGAAGCAAACUGGGGGAAGCAGCAGAGUACCAGACUUCCCUCCUCCAGCAGGCCGGGAGAUCUUGUUGCGCACCUGUGUGCCGCGACCAGCAGCGUACUCCAAGGCGCUGCCUCAGCGGCUCUUCUGUGUCCUGAUGAGGGAGGAGUUUAGGUUGACCGGAGCCUUUUCCACAGACACGUCCUUCUUUUAAGUCCUGUGAACAAUUCACACCUGGGAUAAAGAUAAGUGAAGGACACAGGAUGGAGACUUUCACAUGUAUGAACGUGGCCAUGGAGUAAGA